AUGUUCCCGUCAUUGGAGGACCUGCACAUCGGCGAGUGCACGCUUCAUUUGCCAGAUGAGCGCCACGUCGAACACCAUGCCUCGCCUCAAACACCUCCGCUUCACAGCGUCAACGUGAGGACGGAUGACACCAAAGCCGCCGUCACCGUGUUCGCCGAUGACCUCAGGACUCUCCGCAUGUCAUGCCGUUGGUACAGCAAGACUGAAUCGCCAUCGGAGCCGCUAUUGUUCUUGUGUCACCCAGGCAUCACAGCCGUGUUCUCCAAAUACUCGUUGUUCCGUUUAUGCACACCCAAGCUGGCGGUGUUCGAGUGGCGAUGCUGCAAUGCUGACGAGGUGCACGUUGAGGCUGUGGGCCGCCUCUCCGAUGUCGCCAUCGAGGUUGACGCCGGUAGGAAGCGCACGCCGACUCCGAUUGGCACGGAACACAAGUACGUGACAAUACAACAACGUGACAAACUUGUGACCGACAUCCUUCAAGGGCUUAUGCCUGGGCUGCAGCCACGCACUUGGAAAGAUGUGACGAGCUGCUGUGCUGCUGCUCGGUACGCCGUGAGGCCGACAAGCGCAUCCACGGCGCCGCCGUCGGCGCCCUUCGGGGACACGGUGCCGUGUUCACCAAAUACUCGUUUUUCGCUUUACGCGCACUCCAAGCCGGGCGGUGUUCGAGUGGCGCGGCUUUGCUAUCUUGAUGAGGUGCGCAUUGAGGCCGUGGGCCGCCUCUCCGAGGUCACCAUCGAGGUUGACGCCGGUAGGACGCACACGCCGACUCCGAUUGGCACGGAGCCCAAGUACGUGACAAUACAACAACGUGACAAACUUGUGACCGACAUCCUUCAAGGGCUUAUGCCUGGGCUGCAUCCACGCACUUGGAAAGAUGUGACGAGAGUCAAAUACCCCCACGUGGGCAAGGAGUUCUUACCUGAGGCGGACGCUGGCGCCUACUCCCUCCAGCUGCCGCCCGCUACGGUCGAGCAGCAGGUGCUGCGUUCUGCGCCCUUCGGGCACACGGUGGUGCUCGAGGACUUCCCACUCGCCGCCACCGUGUUCCUGUCGCUGGAGGACCUGCACAUCGGCGAGUGCACGCUCACUGCCAGUAUGAGCGUCACGUCAGACACCAUGCCUCGCCUCAAACACCUCCGCUUCACCGACGUCACCGUGAGGACGGAUGACACCAAAGCCGCCGUCACCGUGCUCGCCAAUGACCACAGGACUCUCCGCAUGUCAUGCCGUUGGUACAGCAAGAUUAAAUCACCAUUGGAGCCGCUGUUGUUCUUGUGUCACUCGGGCAUCACAGCCGUGUUCACCAAAUACUCGUUGUUCCGCUUACGCGCACCCAAGCUGGCGGUGUUCGAGUGGCGAUGCUGCUAUGCUGACGAGGUGCGCAUUGAGGCCGUGGGCCGCCUCUCCGAGGUCGCCAUCGAGGUUGACGGCGGUAGGACGCGCACGCCGACUCCGAUUGGCACGGAGCCCAAGUACGUGACAAUACAACAACGUGACAAACUUGUGACCGACUUCCUUCAAGGGCUUAUGCCUGGGCUGCAUCCACGCACUUGGAAAGAUGUGACGAGUAUGAGCGUCACGUCAGACACCAUGCCUCGCCUCAAACACCUCCGCUUCACCGACGUCACCGUGAGGACGGAUGACACCAAAUCCGCCGUCACCGUGCUCGCCGAUGACCUCAGGACUCUCCGCAUGUCAUGCCGUUGGUACAGCAAGACUGAAUCGCCAUCGGAGCCGCUGUUGUUCUUUUGUCACUCGGGCGUCACAGCCGUGUUCACCAAAUACUCGUUGUUCCGCUUACGCGCACCCAAGCUGGCGGUGUUCGAGUGGCGAUGCUGCUAUGCUGACGAGGUGCGCAUUGAGGCCGUGGGUCGCCUCUCCGAUGUCGCCAUCGAGGUUGACGCCGGUAGGACGCGCACGCCGACUCCAAUUGGCCCGGAACCCAAGUACGUGACAAUACAACAACGUGACAAACUUGUGACCGACAUCCUUCAAGGGCUUAUGCCUGGGCUGCAGCCACGCACUUGGAAAGGUGUGACGAGAGUCAAAUACCCCCACGUGGGCAAGGAGUUCUUUCCUGACGCGGAUGCCGGCGCCUGGUCCCUCCAGCUGCUGCCCGCUACGGUCGAGCUGCAGCUGGCGGUGUUCGAGUGGCGAUGCUGCUAUGCUGACGAGGUGCGCAUUGAGGCCGUGGGUCGCCUCUCCGAUGUCGCCAUCGAGGUUGACGCCGGUAGGACGCGCACGCCGACUCCAAUUGGCCCGGAACCCAAGUACGUGACAAUACAACAACAUGACAAACCUUUGACCGACAUCCUUCAAGGGCUUAUGCCUGGGCUGCAGCCGCGCACUUGGAAAGACGUAACGAGAGUCAAAUACCCCCACGUGGGCAAGGAGUUCUUACCUGACACGGACGCCGACGCCUGGUCCCUCCAGCUGCCGCCCGCUACGGUCAAGCUGCAGGUGCUGCCGUUCUGCCGUGUAAACCAAAUACUCGUUGUUCCGCAUAUGCGCACCCAAGCUGGCGGGUUCGAGUGGCGAUGCUGCUAUGCUGACGAGGUGCGCAUUGAGGCCGUGAGCCGCCUCUCCGAUGUCGCCAUCGAGGUUGACGCCGGUAGGACGUGCACGCCUUCUCCGAUUGGCACGGAACCCAAGCUGCAGCAGCGCAAGACUUGGAAAGAUGUAACCAGAGUCAAAUACCCCCACGUGGGCAAGGAGUUCUUUCCUGACGCGGAUGCCGGCGCCUGGUCCCUCCAGCUGCUGCCCGCUACGGUCGAGCUGCAGCUGGCGGGGUUCGAGUGGCGAUGCUGCUAUGCUGACGAGGUGCGCAUUGAGGCCGUGGGCCGCCUCUCCGAGGUCACCAUCGAGGUUGACGGCGGUAGGACGCGCACGCCGACUCCGAUUGGCACGGAGCCCAAGUACGUGACAAUACAACAACGUGACAAACUUGUGACCGACAUCCUUCAAGGCUUAUGCCUGGGCUGCAUCCACGCACUUGGAAAGAUGUGA